AUGGCACGACCGACGAUCGCAAUCGUAUCAAUUGGUGACAUGGGCCUCGGAGUCGCAAAACUGCUCAUGGCAAACAACUAUCGUGUGAUCACAAACGUAGCGGAUAGAAGGUUAAAAUCGCAAAGCAAUCAUCCUGAUCCAAACAUCUACAGUCAAGCCACCCAAGAUCGAGCCCAGAACAACUCUAUAGAAACAAUUUCCAACGACCUUGACCUUUGCAAUACUGCUGACAUCGUACUCUCCAUCGUCCCGCCUCGAGAUGCGCUCGCCACCGCUCAAAGAAUUGCCGCUGCAUCGCAACAUGCCGCAUUUCAACACAAAAACGACAUCAAUCCACUCUACUACCUCGAUCUCAAUGCGAUCAGUCCCGACUCGGCGCGCAGAAUCCACUCACUCUUCAACGAUGCAACUUCAGCAAUCCUGUCGAUCGACGGCGGCAUCAUCGGAGGACCACCCCACCUUACAUCUGAAGGCACCUGGUACAAACCCAGCAUUCCCACAUCCGGGCCUCACCGACUACCCUAUCCAUCAUCUCCAGGUACAUCCGAACCAUCUCUCGCGGAAGUCCUCAACAUCAAACACAUUGGUCCAACGAUCGGCACGGCCACCGGUUUGAAAAUGUGCUUCGCCGCGCUGACCAAGGGCAUGACAGCGCUCGCGCUGCAAUCCUUCACCACUGCGCAGAAUCUCGGCGUCUUGGACGAAUUACACAAGCACUUGGAAAUGAUGGCGCCUGCGAUCGGAGUGAGAUGCCGCAAGGGCGUGGUGAGUAUGGUGCCGAAGGCGUACCGGUGGGUAGCAGAGAUGGACGAGAUCGCCGCAACAUUCCACUCCGACGGCGGGUUCGCCGAGGACGAAGCGAUCUUCACCUCAAUCGCGCGUGUGUACCAGUCCGUAGCAGACGAUGUAGCCAGCAGCAAACAGAGCGAAAGCUCCAGCGCCGAGAAGGACGCUGCUACCGCCAAUGCCCAUCAAUCAUCCCCGCCGCUGCCGGAAACCGUCGAGAAGGUCGUCGCGAUGACAGCAAAGGGCAAUGAGACGAGGAGGGCGAGGGCGAAGUCGAUCUAA